GAUGAACUCCGAGAACAUGGUGAACCGGGAACAUAAUAAUCUCCGAAUCCCACCCACGAAGUUCAAGAAUCAGCAGCGCUUGCAAAGUCGCAACCUUUGGGGGUUAGGUGAGGGAUAGAGAAGCAGUUGGGCGUUCAACGUAGUUGUGGACCACUCACCCUGAGCUACACAACCUGGUGGGAGACUGGGAGAGCAGAGGUGAAAUGACUAGAAUAGCACUGGAGCACAUCGCCGGCGGUGUUUGGUCGUUUCCGGCGAACUGGUGGAAUGAGAUCAACGAAUCAGUUAAAUGGCAAGAUGGGAUCUUUUACUCACUUUGUGUUGCCUAUGGCCUCGUCUCCGCCGUUGCUCUUAUUCAAUUGAUAAGAAUUGAAUUGAGAGUGCCCGAGUUUGGCUGGACAACACAAAAGGUUUUUCAUCUCAUGAAUUUCAUUGUAAAUGGAGUUCGGGCUGUUGUCUUUGUGUUUCACAAACGAGUGUUUCUUUUCCAUCCCAAGGUCAUAACCACUGCACUGUUGGACAUUCCGGGACUGCUUUUUUUCUCAACAUAUACACUUCUAGUCCUGUUCUGGGCAGAGAUAUAUCACCAGGCUAGGAGUUUGCCGACUGAUAAGCUCAAAAUCUUCUAUAUAUCAAUAAAUGCGGGAGUAUACAUCGUACAGGCUGGUAUAUGGGUGUAUCUCUGGUUUAAUGACAAUCAUACCAUGGACGUCAUUGGAAAGAUCUUUGUAGCAGUUGUUUCACUUGUGGCAGCAUUAGGUUUCUUGCUCUACGGGGGAAGGCUUUUUUUCAUGCUGAGACGCUUUCCUAUUGAAUCCAAAGGAAGAAGAAAGAAACUUAAUGAGGUUGGAUCUGUGACAGCCAUAUGUUUCACGUGUUUCCUGAUAAGAUGCUUUGUGGUUGUGUUGUCUGCUUUUGAUUCUGAUGCAUCACUUGAUGUUUUGGACCACCCUGUUUUGAAUUUGAUAUAUUAUCUGGUGGUUGAGAUUCUUCCUUCUGCUCUUGUCCUCUAUAUCCUGCGCAAACUGCCUCCCAAGAGAAUCUCAGCACAGUACCAUCCCAUCCGUUAGGCGAUCAUGGUCUUUCGUCUAUUAAAUAGAAUGAAGAAAACGAAGAGCGAUGAGCAGGGUGGAGAGUCGACGAUGAACUUGUUUUCUGGGACAAGUGUGUUACAUUCAAUUGAUUUAUUUAUGUGCUAGAACAGAAGGCAUGUGUAACAAUUUUGCGUUUCGAGUGGUUCAUCAGCGCAAGUUAUAAUCGUUACUGUAAACCACUUUUCUCAAAGUGUUGGUCAGAUCGUUGUUUGUAAUUGUGCAAUGAUCUGAUCUCUUCAAUAACAUCUUCAUGGAUUCUUGUAUUUGCUAA